AUGAGCGGGUGUCAGGCUCGCAGGGAUCCAGGCCGUGGCUCCAGCCGCUACCUGGUAAAGGCCAGCGACAGCCUGGUCAGAGCCGAGACAUCCCAGAGGAGCUGCACGACCAAGCCCAGAGUCUCACCCUCCCUGAGCCUCCUAGAGGAGGAUGACCCUGAGUCCCUGGCUCAGCACCCACAGACUGCCAGCUCACCACCCCUCGGCAACUUUGACCUCUCCCAGAGGUCCCUGGUGGCCUUGGAGUACCUGCCUUUCUUCCGCACCUACGAGCACCUCCUGGCUGAGGAGACGUUGACUGCACAGCCAGAGAUUUGCUGGGACCAAGGAGGAGGCCCGAGCUUCAGAGAGACACCAUUCCCUGAGGAUUCAGACCCACCCAGUGGGUUCUUCCCUUACUACCACUCCAAGGAGGAGACAUUUCCCAGCCUGGCGCCUCCAGGAAGGUUGUGUGGGAGCUUCCAAGACCCACCCACCAGAAGGGAGGUGCAGGCUGGCUGCUUCUGCAGGAUGACAGAUAGCAGGUGCUCUGCUGCCUUGGCAGGCCCAGACUUCAUCUCUGGGUCCUCCCACGCACGGACCUGCUGCUGCGGCACACUGCUGGUCUCUGCUCGGCGUGCCCAUGACAGCUGUCUGACUGGCCCUCUCUCCGGUGAUGCUGUCUUCAGGGACCAUGCCCUCUGUGCCUCGGGAUUCGUGCCUUAUUACAGAACCCCCGAGGAGGGGCUCCACACUAGCCCUGGACCUCCUGCCUGUCCAUCAGAGGCCUGGGGACUCACAGGGGAGCUGCCCAGGCCUGGUGCCUCGUACUGUGAGGGAGCAGCGGCUGGUGGAGCCACUAGAGAACAGGCUCCCAGAACCUGCCGAUCAGUAAGGGGUGAAGGUGGCUGCGGUUGAGGUUCCUGGGACUCAGUUCACUCUGGGACCAGGCUGAACACACAGCCCUGAGGUCCUCAUUCCCCCUGCCUCAGUGCCCACACCUGCAGAACUGACAGGAGCUGCCCAACCCCGGCAGGCUCUCCUGUCUCCUCUCAGUCCACGGAGAUGCGUGUACUGUACCCCACUGGCCUGUGAGUCCACGUCAGUGUUCAACUCAGCAGCCCUGGAGUUUGACUUUCCCCUGGAGAAACAGGGGAAGCUCUGCCUGUGCCCACAUUCAGCCACAGCCUAGGAAGUGGCCCCACUGCCCCAAGGUGCCCCAGCUUGGCUCUCCCAGCUGGACAAACUGCCCAGGGAGAAGUAGAGAACAGCAGCCCCCAAAGAGGCCCUGCAGCAGGGGUGUCCGCCUGGUCCAGCACUCAGGCCUCCCCACCUGGCCUGCUGUGGGUUGUCCCCAGCUGGCAGGGAGGGAGCAGGGUCCACCUGCUCUGAGGGCUUCAGAGACCAGAGACUGGCUUUGUAAAUAAA